GACGCUGAGCAGCAACUGACCAGAGGAAGCAAAGGAGCAGGGUCCAGUGGAGGAGUACGCGAGCUGGCGGCGACAUGAAAUUCAACGCUGCACACUACCUGCUGCCCCUGCUGCCAGCACUUGUCCUCAGCACCAGACAGGACUAUGAAGAGCUAGAGAAGCAGCUGAAGGAAGUCUUUAAGGAACGUAGCACGGUCCUGCGGCAGCUGACAAAGACAUCCAGGGAACUGGACGGGAUCAAAGUCAACCUUCAGUCUUUGAAAAAUGAUGAGCAAUCCUCCAAAACCGAUGUUCAGAAGCUUCUAGAGUUAGGCCAGAAACAAAGGGAAGAAAUGAAGUCUCUCCAGGAAGCCCUGCAGAAUCAGCUUAAAGAGACAUCUGAGAAAGCCGAGAAACACCAGGCCACAAUUAAUUUUUUGAAGACUGAAGUGGAAAGAAAGAGCAAAAUGAUCCGUGACUUACAGAAUGAGAAUAAAAGUUUGAAAAACAAAUUGUUGUCAGGAAGCAAGCUGUGUGGGAUUCAUGCAGAAGAGUCCAAAAAAAUCCAAGCACAGCUGAAAGAGCUCCGUUAUGGGAAGAAAGACUUGUUAUUUAAGGCCCAACAGCUCACUGAACUGGAACAAAAGUUAGCUGUAGCCAAAAAUGAACUUGAGAAAGCAGCUCUUGACAGGGACUCACAGAUGAAAGCAAUGAAAGAGACCGUACAGCUCUGCUUGUCAUCGGUUUUCCGUGAUCAGCCUCCUCCUCUGAGUCUCUUCCCAUCGAAUCCAACCCAGAUGUUACAUCCACCCAGGACAAUUGCUUCCAGGAUUCCAGAAACAAGGACAAAAAGCAAGCCACAACAAAGUUCUCCAGGACACCAUGACAGCUCUCAAGUUCAGGCAACAAAAGAAGAGAGUAGGAGGCCCACUGUGUGUAGCACUCAAGAUGAGGGUAGUUCCUGUUUGGAGAAGCAUGAGGAGGGUCCCCAAAGUAACAACACUGCAGAAUCAGAGCUCACAACACAGAAAUUACAAAUGCCUCUUUGUUCUGAGUGUGAAGAGAAAAAAGUUCCGGAAAAACCAUCAGCCAGUUUCGAUGGGACUCCAGCUAGAGAGGAAAAGCUACUGUAAACAGAAGGCAUGGGAUUCAAAGCUGUCCCGCCAUCGCUAUGUUUUAGAGUACAGGCUUGAUGGGGAUACCACGUUUCUAGAGCAUGCAACUUUUACAAAACUUUAUGUAACUUUAUAAUGGGGACUACAAAAUUUCCAAAAGAUUCCAGGCUGAUUGUGAAGCUUAGCAAUAACCUGAUGAAAAGGAUUUCUUCACUUACAUGUAUCUAACUGUCUUCUCUAAAAUCACCCAGUAUAAAUUGAUCUGUUUUCAACUAAAUACAACUGCAACAUUUUUUUGGUCUUUGUGUAGAUAUCUAGUACUUCUAAGGUCUAGUUGGUACCUACAACUGGCAGAUGAUCAACUAUGACUCCUGGUGUUCUUAAAAUCCAAAUUGCAAGCAUAUGAAGGUUUGGUCCACAGUGACCAUCUGGUGUCAUUUCCUCCAAAUUUGGAAUUUGCAGACCAGAAUACAUUAUUUUAGAUAUUUAUUGCUUGGCUCAUUACAUUGACUUAAUAACCAUUUGAUAUAAAUUGUGCCCAGUUAAUUCUGUUAAUGAUAAAUCAGUUACCAGAGAGCAUUAGUUAGUUUUAAUAUGAUAUACGCAUACAAGGUUUUUCAGUUUUAGAAUGAAUGACAGCUAUCUUUCAUAGCGUUUUUUGAUUUUUAAAACAUUCUUUGUGCAUAUUCACUGAUACUGUUUCAAGAUGUGAAUCAAGCUAUCUGAAGUGCCAGUUUUAUUUCAUUCUGAUAUUAAGUGAUACAGUGUAAGAUGGGAAAUUUUCUAAAAUAUUAACAUGCAAGGUGUCCAUAGAUAUUUUAGAAUGGACAUUUGAUUAAAGCAAGAUAACAUGGAAUAAUUUUUUAAGCAAUGUUGUUUUAGCUUUGAAGAUAGGAUUUUAUAUGAGAAUAUUAUCAUUUAUCAAAAGAACCAGGCUGUGGCAUAAUUACAGCAUAAUUCCUAAUCGAGAAUGAUACAUAUAAAUUGAGACAUAUAAAUGAUAACAUAUGCAAACACUACUUGGCAGAUACAAACUGACCAAUGGAUGAUGUCAAGGAGUCUACAUUCACUGGGUACAUUCACUUCUGUUGGUUAAACACACUUUGAAAGUACAGGAAUAAAAAAUAAAACCACU